AUGUUGAAAGAAGAUUUCGAACACCAGCAACGAGAACAGAAUCUAACAGCAACCGUCGAGGCGACACCUGUGGGAAAUGUAGCAAUAAAUGUUGCCAAUCAAGCCCGCGGUGGACCACAGUCAUCUCCUUCAUAUUCAACACCUGCGCCAUCCAGCCCAAAACAUCAUCAGCAAAAGCGACGUUUGAAAUUUGAUAUGUCUAGUAAAAUACAAAUAAUUCCGGAUAAUCGUCAAGGGCAGCUCAAUGUAGUAUUCCUUGCUACUAUUCCAGGCGCUAUGAAAAUUGCCGAAAUUCGUGAAUGUGUACCAAUAAAAUUACAGACUUUAUCGUUUGCAUCAUUCGUCUUGGCAAUCUGUGCAGAUCGUAAUUCCACAACUUCAGCUUGGACUGAACAUAUCUCACUCGCAGCUACACUCAUCAUUUCCGGACUGCUAAUCGGCUACGUUUGCUUUCCACAUUUAACGAUUAAGGAUGAACCCACCAGAGAAGGACUCAUUGUCACGGAGCUUAUAUUCUAUGGUAUCUCAGCAGUAUUCUUCUUCAUAGCAGUAUGGCUUAUGGUACAUCUUUCGGCGGGUUGGCUAAAUUAUGGACGUGGCCCUGCUAUUAUUGAUGCAAUCAUAUGUGUGGCACUGACAAUACUCUUCGGUAUUGAAACAUUUGCUAAAGUGAAAGCAUGGCGAGGCGAAAAUGAACCCACAUCCCGAAUUGUGCAGACAGCUAAAACGACAACCGAAUCAGGCCGAUAUUACGAGACAAAUGAGAUACUACAAAGGAGUCAAGGAUCUGAAAUCGCGUGA